CUUUCUUUUAACUCUGCUCGGUCUCACCAAGCUCCUCCUCCUCCCUGCUCGAUCCUCUCUUGAAGCUUCGUCGCUUCCAUCUCGAUCUCUCUCGUCGAUAUGGAGGCAGCCGCGAGCUCUCUCUUGUCCGUUUCGCCGGUCUCUUUCGCGAGAAUCCGAAGCAGCUCUUCCAGCUCACUUCCUCGCAGAAGAAUUCAGUUUUCGGUGAGAGCUUGCGCGGCGGCGUCAGGCGGCGAUGCGGGCAGCAGCGGGGAGGGGAAGAUCGUGAAGGCUAAAGAGAAGGGGGAGUGGAAGCUUGAUUACUCCGGCGAGAAGCCGCCGACUCCUAUUCUCGACACCAUCAACUACCCUGUCCACAUGAAGAAUCUCUCCAAGCAGGAUUUGGAGCAGCUGGCGGCGGAGCUGAGGACGGAGAUCGUGUUCACGGUGUCGAAGACCGGCGGCCACCUGAGCUCCAGCUUGGGAGUGGUGGAACUGGCCGUGGCUCUCCACCACGUGUUCAACACCCCCGACGACAAGAUCAUUUGGGACGUCGGCCACCAGGCUUAUCCUCACAAGAUACUCACCGGAAGAAGGUCGAAGAUGCACACCAUCAGGCAAACCAACGGCCUCGCCGGAUUCCCCAAGAGAGACGAGAGCGAGCACGACGCCUUCGGCGCCGGCCACAGCUCCACCAGCAUCUCCGCAGGGCUCGGAAUGGCGGUUGCGAGGGAUCUGCAAGGGAAGAAGAACCAUGUGAUCUCGGUGAUCGGAGACGGAGCCAUGACGGCCGGCCAAGCCUACGAGGCCAUGAACAACGCCGGCUACUUGGAUUCCAAUCUCAUCAUCGUGCUGAAUGACAAUAAACAAGUUUCGCUUCCGACCGCCACUCUCGACGGACCUGCGACGCCCGUCGGGGCGCUCAGCAAGGCGCUCACCAAGCUCCAAUCCAGCACCAAGUUCCGCAUGCUCCGGGAAGCUGCCAAGGUAGAAAUAGAAUUAAGUGUUCUUCUUCCUCGAAUUUUCACUCUGUUUUGCAGCGAAUUGAUUGGGUUCUUCUUCUUCUUCGGUCGUUUUCAGAACAUUACGAAGCAGAUCGGUGGGCAAACGCACGAGAUCGCGGCGAAGGUGGACGAGUACGCUCGGGGAAUAAUGAGCAACACGAGUUCUUCCCUGUUCGAGGAGCUCGGCCUGUAUUACAUCGGGCCGGUGGACGGACAUGAUGUCGAAGACUUGGUGACCAUCUUCGAGAAGGUGAAGUCGAUGCCGGCGCCGGGGCCGGUGCUCAUCCAUAUCGUUACCGAGAAGGGGAAGGGCUACGAGCCGGCAGUGGCCGCCGCCGACAGGAUGCACGGCGUCGUGAAGUUCGACCCUAAGACAGGGAAGCAGUUCAAGACCCCGUCGCCCACCCUCUCGUACACGCAGUACUUCGCGGAGUCGCUGAUCGCGGAGGCGGAGGCGGACGACAAGAUCGUGGCGGUGCACGCGGCGAUGGGCAGCGGCACGGGGCUCAACUACUUCCAGAAGCGGUUCCCGGAGAAGUGCUUCGACGUGGGGAUCGCGGAGCAGCACGCGGUGACGUUCGCCGCCGGCCUGGCCACCGAGGGCCUCAAGCCCUUCUGCGCCAUUUACUCCUCUUUCCUGCAGCGCGGGUACGACCAGGUGGUGCACGACGUCGACCUGCAGAAGAUCCCGGUCCGCUUCGCGGUCGACCGGGCGGGGCUGGUCGGCGCCGACGGGCCGACGCACUGCGGCGCGUUCGACAUCACCUACAUGGCGUGCCUGCCCAACAUGGUGGUGAUGGCGCCGUCGGACGAGGCGGAGCUGAUGCACAUGGUGGCGACGGCGGCGGCGAUCGACGACCGCCCGAGCUGCUUCAGGUUCCCGAGGGGGAACGGCGUGGGCGUGCCGCUGCCGGAGGGGAACAAGGGGACCCCGCUCGAGGUGGGAAAGGGUCGGAUCCUGAUCGAGGGGAGCAGGGUGGCGAUUCUCGGGUACGGAUCGAUAGUGCAGACGUGCUUGAAGGCGGCGGAGUCGCUGAGGGAGCUCGGAGUGGCGGCGACGGUGGUGGACGCCCGGUUCUGCAAGCCGCUGGACGCGGAGCUGAUAAGGAGGCUGGCGAAGGAGCACGAGAUCCUGAUCACGGUGGAGGAGGGCUCCAUCGGAGGGUUCGGCUCGCACGUCACCCACUUCCUGAGCCUCAACGGCCUCCUCGACGGCAAUCUCAAGUUGAGGUCGAUGGUUCUGCCGGACCGCUACAUCGACCACGGCGCGCCGCAAGACCAGAUCGAGGCGGCGGGCCUUUCUUCACGGCACAUCGCCGGAACGGCGCUGAACCUUCUGGGGAGGACCAAGGAAGCGCUGCACCUGCAGUGAAUGCAACAGGAGGAUCGGAUAAAAAAUGAGAGCAUAAAGAACGAAGAUGGAAAAUAAAGCACCAUCUAAAUUUUCGUUUUUUUCUUUUUAAUUUCUAAGCUGUGGCCUGUGAGUGGGUGUUCAGAGAUCGAUGGAUCGCCAUUAACGCAAGACUGGUGUUCUUUUGUACUCGUUUAAUUUCCAGCUACUGUAUAUUAUCAAUUCAUAGCCGGUAGGAAGCGUCUGAGGGUAAUCCAACAUAGAAGCAUUUUUACUAUCUAAAAUUGUCAUACAUUUUUACUAUCUAAAAUUGCCAUACUUUUAAAACUGUUAUAGUAA